ACUCUCCUGCGUAGCAGCAAGUUGUGCUCCCAGAAGCUACCUGCGAUCUGGUGGUGAUCGAAGAAGAUGGCGAAGCGCAAGUCGAUGAGCUCCAAGAUGGCGUCCAGGAAGAAACCGGCGCCCAAGCUGGACAUCACCUUCUGCUGCCCCUUCUGCAACCACCCCGACAGCGUCGCCUGCACCAUCGACCUCAAGCUCUUGGUCGCCAGCGCCGUCUGCUACAUCUGCGAGGAGGCCUACCACACCACGGCGCACUACCUCACCGAGCCCGUCGACGUCUACCACGACUGGAUCGACGCCUGCGAGAAGGCCAACCAAGGCGUCGAACUCCAAGCCCUGGACUCCCACAAACGACAGCGGCGAGUCGGCAGCGACGACGACGACAGCGAUGCCUGAUCGACUGAUCGAGUUUGCUUUCAUGGAUCGAUCGAUACAACGUCAAUCUAGUCCUACGUAGUUUGAUGUUUGAUCGUGUCUCUUGAAACUGUAUUGAUUGGAGCCUGUAGUCCUGACCGAUCAUAUACCUGUGUUGCUGCGCACUGUGUAGCUCUUGAGUUAUGAUCAUCAGCCAAUCUUGUACGUAUGUACUGAACCUGUGACUGGUUUCGUUGUUGCCUUUUUUUCGACCGACGAGAGUACCUGGUCCUUUUCGAAAUCGAAAGAAAAAAAAGAGCACCUUCUUGUCUCUAGAAAAAAAAUUCGCACCGUCAAGAACAA